AUGCACAAGAAUUCAAACACGUACAUCAAAGAAGGUAGUGCUAUUGCACACGAUUCUCCUGUUUGGAGUUACUUAGCGCCAUGGCUCAUUCUGAUUGGAGUCACAGAAAAUAGUCUUGCUCUGAUUGUGCUGAGUAAGAAACCUUUUGUUCGACUGCCUUCCCGCAUCACACUUAUCACACUUGCAGUGGUUGAUUGUCUUGUUCUGUUGUUCGGCCUGACAACAUUUUGGAUCAAUACCGUGUUUGAAACGUCACCUGCCGAAUGGAGUAAGAACUGGUGCAAAAUUCUGGGGUUUUUGACAAUGACACUGUCUCAUAUGAGUUCCUGUCUCGUGGCUUUGCUCAGUGUAGAACGAUUUAUCGCCGUCUAUCAGCCAAACAGACGUUUUCGACCGUCAUUUGAUCUCGUUGGUACUUUGGUGAUACUUAUCUUGUGCACCGGGGUGGACCUAGCUCAAGUCCCUUUUAUAAACUUGAAGUUGAACUUGAAUUCAACCGUAAACGGCGAAAACAUUCAGCCCGGCGUGUUCACUCAGCGACACACGUACAUUUGCACGUAUACGUAUGAAGAAGAAGCUCUUUUCAUUGAUAUUAUAGAUAUGCUUCUACUUUUUGGUUUACCCUUCACUGUCAUUCUUUUCUGCAAUUCUUACAUCAUAUAUGUUAUUCGCAACUUUACACAUUCGAUCAAAAAGCUACAGCAAGCUAUUCCACUCCAGACAACAGGUGGAAACAAACAGAUGGAUGAAAGACGUAUGCUCAGUCCGACAGACCCGUCUGGAGCUACGCAUGAACGCUAUGGGUUAGUGCACGAAGCAAAUACCAAACCGUCAACAAGUUCCCUCAUCGGUGACACUGCCGGCAAGCACGUGCGUCAUAUGAAAACCACUAUUAUGCUACUGUGGAUCACUUUUGUUUUUCUGGUUUUCAAUUUACCAUUUGCGGUGGUCCAUCUGCUCCGGAGUAUUCCCCAAGUACAAGUUACUCGAGAAAUGAUGCUUGCUUGGUUGGGCACAUAUAUUCUGGUGUAUAUUCACAACUGCUUAAACUUUCCCAUCUACGUGUUUACUCAUUCCGGUUUCCGCACGGAACUAAAGAAUAUGUUUUGCCGAUCUGAGCCAAAGUCAAUUAGUUCCACCGCGGGUUUAGAAACAAGAGCAUAG